UCGUGUGUACUCGAGUCUCCCGCCACACACACUCUCCCCUUACAAACUUGACAGGUUUUCUCCGGUAGUCAGAAACCCUAAAAUCUCUUCAAAGUUUCAAACCCUCUAAUUUCUCUCAAAAUCGGAUCGUUUGGAAUCGAAUUUUGUUCUUCAAAUCCUUCGGAGAAUUCUGCUUUUUAGGGAAAUUCAAUCCAUCUAUAUAUAGAUUCUAGGAUGGGUUCGGAGGAUCCUCCAAGUCUAAUCGACGAGGCCAAUGUUUCAGAGGAUGCAUCUGAAGCCAGGUCUUGUCUUAGCAAGAAUAAAGGGAAAGUGCCGAAAAGAAUUCAUAAAGCUGAGAGGGAGAAAUUGAAAAGGGAGCAUUUGAAUGAUCUCUUUCUUGACCUGGCUAGUGCUCUUGAACUGACUCAGCCAAACAAUGGGAAGGCAUCUAUAUUAUGUGAAGCCAGUCGACUUCUAAAGGACUUGGAUGGUCAGGUCGAGUGCCUGAGAAAGGAGAAUGCAUCACUUAUGUCCGAAUCUCACUAUGUGACUACUGAGAAGGAGGAGCUGAUGGAGGAGAACUCGGCCCUCGAAAGUCAGAUUGAGAAACUGCAGACAGAGGUAGAAGCAAGAGUGGUGCAAUCUAAUUCCAACUUGAAUAUACCUCUUGAAUAUCAACAACCAGAACUGAGACCACAAUUCCCAGGAGACUGUCUCAGUUUACCAACUAUGAAACCUGGGUUACCACAACCUCCUGCCGUCUUUGUUGUUCCCCUUUGUCCUGAACUCCCAUCGUUCACCGCCUCUAUGCCCGUCUCACAUGUGAGCAAACCACAUGCGAGGUACCCAGACUCAACAGAUUCAUGGCCUCUCCGAUUUCUCGGGGAUCAACAUAGUAACGGCUGUGUUCCUAGUUCUGGAUACCAAGUCACCAAUAACUUGUAAUUUCAAAAAAAUGUCUUCUGUUCAAUAAUUUGUAACUGCACUUCCUCUUCUUUGUUCAUGAUUUAUUGGUUACACCACUAUUGGCUAAA